UAAUGCUUUUUCAUCGUUCGCCUUAAAAACACAUAACACAAAAUACACCGCCAUUCGUGCCUCUUGUGCCUCCGUCGCCAUUGCCAUUGCCAUUGUCGUGUGUACUAUAUCGAGUAAUGAAAUAAAAUCUGCUCGUUAAUCGCUUUUCCUCGCGUGCUGUUUUCGUAGUCGUCGUCUCCGUUCGCGUUCGCAUUCGCUGUUUUGUUGUUUACGUGCGCGAUCCUCAUACGUAUAAAUCAACGCCAUGUUCGGAAAAUUGUGCUUCUUCGUUGCUUUUUUAACCUACUGUUCGGCUCGUACCGUCGUCGUGAAUUCUGCGCCAUCGUCAUCGUCGUCGGCCUCGGCUCAACCACCAAAUGUUCGCGAGGGUAAAUCGCUCUUGCCUGAUUCGAAGCUGUCGUUUUUAAGUGAUUUAAGCCAAGUUGUCCGAGUCUACGAAGAAUGCAACGCCAAAGAGUUGACGCCGUGCUUGAAGAUGAAGUUUAUCACAGCUUUGGAUCGAUUGUCGCGUAAAGUCGAGCUUCCAAUUACCGAUCAGAUCGCUUUGGUGAAGGAUGAGAAGGCCGAUAGUAGUAAUGAAAUCGAUAAUGAGGUGCUGGAAGCAACGCUGCCUAGAUCGCUCGAUGAGAAGGAAACCAAGUUGGAUGAGAUUAUCGCCGAGAAACUCGUCAACUUUUUCUCUACUCGCAGCUUCCAGUUCAAGUUAUCAGGAGUUAAGGAUAUGUCAAGGAGUUUGCAAGAAGAAGGACGUAAAAAGAACAAAUACGGCUCGCUCAUGAUGAUCCCGUUAAUGAUGGGAGGUUCGAUGAUCCCGAUGGCUCUCGGAACACUAGCUUUACUGGCCGGAAAAGCUUUAAUAAUCGCCAAACUCGCCUUAGUUCUAUCGCUCAUCAUCGGCUUGAAAAAAUUACUCACCAACGACGACCACGCUUCCUCAUAUCAAGUAGUCAGCCACGGCGGAGGUCACUACAGACGAAGCUUACAAGACGACGAACUCGCCCAAUCCAUGGCUUACAGAGCUUACAUUCCACUAACGCCAGAAACCUCCACAUCGCAAUAUUCGUCGUGAAAAUAACACUCCCUCUCCCCUUUCCCUUUUUUUUACCCACAUAUCACUUUCCUUUUUUUUUAUUUUUGAAUAAUUCGACUAUCAAAAAAAAAAAAAAAAAAUGAUAUAACACACUGGCGCGAAUGAAAAUACCGAUUUGUAAAUAGAAAAGAGAUAAGAAACGCCAUACUAAAAGUUACCGAUGGGUCGUUACAUUAUGCAAAAGAUUGUAACUUAGUAGAUAUACCUAUCUUUUAAGUUCGCCAUAAGAAAAUUUGGUAAUUAUUGACGAAGAUGAAUUGGAUACCUACCUACGUAUGAAGAGGUACAUUCAGAAAAUUUGAUAAAAAUCUACAUUUUUAUUAUUUUUUUUUUUUUUAUUACAAAAAUCUCACAAUUAGCAAUUGGUUUUUAUACCUUAUGAUUUUUAAUUUAUUGAAACUGAAUUUUUCAUCAUUUAUUUUUUUAACAUUGAAAAAUUCAGUGAGAUAUAAUUUGUAAAUCUACACUGUAAAUAGUUUUUAAUUUAUUGAAUUUGUAUUUAUUACUUAAACGAGUUUAUUUAAUUCGAAUUCCUCCCUUAGCCCUCCCCUCCCCCCUCAUAAUUUAUUUCCAUUAACCUGAACACGUGUUUCAUUAUUUUGUUCCUUUAACGUAAGUUCACACUGCAAUUAACGUACGGUUUAUGUAAUGUAAUGAUAUGAUACUAUCAAGUACGAAUUAUGGGCAAUUGAGUAUAGGUAAUUCAUUUAUACGAAAAAUAGAAAGAAAUAGCUGCCUACUUCGAUGAGAAGAUCUCAUACCUAUAUGUAAAAAAAUAAUUUUAAAUUUUAAAUCCAAAUAAAAAUGUUGAGAUUUUUUUUUUGAAAAGUAACAUCGUUUUUUUAAAAUGAAAAUUAUUGUAAAAAACAUUGAAUGUGCUCAUUGCCCAUAGUCAUGUUAAACUUUCAUGUAUUGUGAACUUUCAUAUAAAAUAAAAUUUUUAUUUAUUGAGUCUCAA